AAGGAUAGAAUAGACCUCUUUUCAAUCUUUGUCUUAGCACCACCAGCACUUCUUUCUGCGACAUUAGAAGAAUAAGAAUAAGAAUAAGAACAAGGACAAGGACAAGAACGAGCCAAAAUGCCUUUCAAUACCAAACUCACUCGGGCUCUAGGGAUCAAGAUCCCCGUAGUGCAAGGUGGUAUGCAAUGGGUGGGCUACGCUGAACUAGCAUCCGCCGUCUCCAACGCAGGUGGCCUCGGAAUUCUCACAGCCCUCACACAACCAACCCCCGAAGACCUACGCAAAGAGAUCCGAAAAUGCAAGACCAUGACCGACAAGCCCUUCGGCGUGAACAUCACACUCCUCCCUUCGAUGAAUACCCCUGACUACGGCGCAUACGCACAGGUCGCUAUCGACGAGGGCAUCAAGGUUGUGGAAACAGCGGGGAACUCGCCUGGACCUGUCAUCAAGCAGUUAAAAGCGGUCGGAGUAAUCAUUCUACACAAAUGUACAACUAUCAGACACGCGCAGAGUGCAAUCAAGCUCGGUGUUGAUUUCUUGAGCAUCGAUGGCUUUGAGUGUGCCGGACACGUGGGCGAAACAGAUAUCACGAACUUUAUUUUGCUGAGUAGGGCGAGACAGUCACUUGAAGUACCAUUCAUUGCUUCUGGUGGUUUCGCAGACGGACAAGGCCUUGCCGCUGCGUUGAGUUUGGGCGCUGAGGGUAUUAAUAUGGGAACUAGAUUUAUGUGCACGGUCGAGGCGCCCAUCCAUUUGAAGAUCAAAGAGGAGAUUGUUAAAGCGCAAGAGACGGAUACAGAGCUUGUGCUAAGAAGGUGGAAGAACACUAGUCGGCUGUACAAGAAUAAAGUCUCACAAGCAGCGACGAAGAUUGAGCGAGAGAGUACUACUGGCAAGUUUGAGGAGGUUGCUCCUUAUGUCAGUGGCAAGCGAGGAAGAGAAGUCUUCAUCAAUGGAGACCCAGAUUACGGCGUCUGGACUGCUGGUCAAGUCAUUGGACUUAUCCACGACAUCCCAACAUGUGACGAGUUAGUCAAGAGAAUCGAGCGUGAGGCGGAGGAUACGUUGAAUAAGGCGUCAGCGCUGAUCGUGCCAUCCAGUAAACUAUGA